AUGACCCUGAGUGUGACAUCUGCCCUAUUUCUGCUCCUCAGUCUUCAUGCUUUUGCAGCCAUGGGAGGCAGAGCCCAGCGCCGACAGAGACAAGCUGAGGAGAGCCUGAGACCAUACAUCGGCAGAGUGGAGCCAGAAAAGCUUUGUGAGUUGCUGAAAUGCCACAGUCCAGUAGGAUCUUGGUGUCAAGUGGUCGAGGAAAAGGGAGUCCUGGUCCCCAAGUGUGUUUGUCCUCAGUCCUGUCCACGGCAGAGGGCACCAGUGUGCAGUGUUCUGGGAAAAACCUACAAGAACGAGUGUGUGCUGCACAAAGCCGCCUGCAGGAAGAGACGGCGCACUGGCCUGGCUCACACAGGCCCCUGUCUGGUCCCAAAGGAUAAAUGCACUGAGGACGAGUUGGGCCAGUUUCAAUAUCGUCUGCUGGACUGGUUUCUGCUCCUGAGUCGAAUGGGAGAGUCCUACGCACCUGCUGCCCCCCCUCAGACCUGCCUCAGCCACGCCCAGAAGACGCACCUGGCACAGAAAAGAUUUGCUCUUCUGGACAAGAACAAAGACGGCAAGUUGAGCCGCAGGGACCUGAGGAAGCUGCGUUACAAGAGGAUGCCGCUGGAGCACUGUGCCACGCCAUUCUUUCAGUCAUGUGACCAGAACAAGAACAGGAAGGUGACCCUGCGGGAGUGGACGGCCUGUCUGGUGGAUCGCUCCGAGGCCUGGUUCUUCAAUUUUAUGGCAGUGAGAAUGGGUUCCCGCAAACUGUGUCCUACGAAGAAAGAGCACAACUUCUGACCUGAGAAAAUCAAUCCCUGCAUCUCUACCGUGCCUUAACAUCAUCACCCUUACCUGAUUAGAAAGGACAUAUCCGCACACGAGGGUCACUCAUCUGUGUCACUCCGCAUUUGUAAUACACUCAUUUAUCACGUCUCACA